GAUGAUGAUGAUGAUGGAGGGAGGAUAAAGGAAGCCUGAGGGAGACGAACGGAUUCACAGACAGAAAACAGACGGUGUUUAAACUCAACAGUUUAUCAGCAGCAGGAGACACAGCCUCCUCCUCCUCCUCCUUCAUCCUCUCCCUCCUCCUCCUCCACCACCACCACCACCACCUCCUCCUCCUCCUCUCCAUGCCGGCGGAGGCAGCAGACUCCGCGGGGCUGCCAUGGCGAAGAUCCGGGUGUCGUAUGAGUACUCGGAGGCCGAGGACAAGAGUAUCCGACUGGGCUUGUUCCUGAUCGCCUGCGGGAUCCUGAGCCUCUUCAUCCUGGGCUUCUGCUGGCUCAGCCCGACGCUGCAGAGUCUCCAGAGCAAGCCGGCCAACUGCACGGUCGUGUCUGUGCUGCGUCCAGAGGAAAUGUUCGAGUGCGUGUUCACGUGUGGCGCCGACUGUAAGGGGACGUCACUGUAUCCCUGCCUCCAGAUCUUUGUCAACAACUCGGAGUCAAACUCUGUGGCGCUGCUGCACUUUGACGAGCAACAGCUGGUCCUCAACCCAAAGUGUUCGUACGUUCCUCCCUGUGAGCGAGACAACCAGAAGAAUAAAGACAGCGUCCUGUGGUGGGAGGAUUACUUCACCAAGGAGGUCAGCAGCCAGUCGUUCACCUGCUUCUUUAACCAGCAGAGGAGACCCGAUGACGUUCUGUGGCGCCGCUCCCACGACACCAGCGUCCUGUUGCACUGUGUCCUCUGGCCCAUGGUGUCGCUGCUGCUCGGCACACUCAUCGUGCUCCUGACGGUGUGCGCUCGCUCCCUCGCGGUCCGAGCUGAGGCCCUCCAGAAGAGGAAGUGCUCCUACGAGGUCUGCCAGGACUUUUCCGCCGCGACGUCCGCGGACCGCCGCGCCGCCAAGGCGGGCGACCCAGCCUCGACGAACUCUGACCCCGAGCUGUCGUCGCCCUCGAGGACCCUGCCGCUGUUUGCGGUGCCGGUGCGACGCCGCGAUCGGGAACACUAGGACGGAACGGAAAGUGGUUUUUUUUCCCCCGUCAACGCGUUGACUCUCUAGAGGCGCUGACGAGCCGGUGGGCGAAGAAGUCGAGUCACCCGAGGCUGAGGGCGUCACCGACGACCCGCUGCAAGUCUGGUAUGGUUUGUACCAUCAGAACAACGAGAGGUGACUAUGGGAAGUAAACGAGGAGACGUUUCACGCUGUUCCCUGUAGAUCUGAGUAGAUCUUUAACUUCAGCGAGGACCUUUCGGACGAGACGAACCCUGCAAUUGCGUGUUCUCCUGUUCUAGAGUUGUCUCAGGUGGUUCUUCACCGGACACACAACAUCAGGAUUGACUCUUUACCGACCCCUUAACUGUAGCUCCUCCUAUUAACGUAGUUUACAUUCGAGUCCAAGUAGCCAUAAACGUGUAAAUAGAGCCAAAGUCGUCGCUGUCAGGUUUUAGCGUCCAUCCCUUCACCCUUUUAUGAGUCAGUGAAACCUGUAACAGAGGGUUUCCUUUCACUACUUUUCCUUCGUGUUUACUAUUAAUUUCACUAAAACACCUUGCGUCUUGUUCAACUAUUGCUUUCUUAUCCUCCUGAGGUUCAUCACAGUCAAGAUUAGCAAUACCCAGUGUUAAAAACAGUGUUUUAUGUAUCAGUAUCUCCGUGUUGUAGCAGAGUUUACACCAGCCGACAGAUCAAUGUAGCAUUUUAGUGUUAGAAAUGUAGAAAUUCUCCCCAAAAAACCGGGAAAUAACACUGAAUGAAAGGAGGUUAAUUUAAAAUAAUUGAACUUUAUUAUUUAUUCAUGUAUUCACAUGAACCGCUGACUCAUCCCAGGGCCCACGAGUGACUCCUGUUGCUUCUGGGACUCCCGAUCGCCGGCCUCGUUAGUGACAAACCACAUUCAGAGGUUCAGUAAAAACAACUUACAGCAAUUUUUUUUCCUCAAGUGAAACAAAAACAAAGAAAACAGGACGUGUGUGUGUGUGUGGGCUGAUGUAUAAACGGCUCGGUCGUGCUGCAGUGUGUUUGAGAUAGAUUUUUUUUUUUACUGCACCACAACAGAAAGAAAACAUAGCAGAUGAUGAUCAUAUAAUUUGUAUUAUUUGGUAUUUGUUUUGUUGUUGAGAGAAAGAGAGGACGCAGUGAGAUUAGUCGGCUUUAGCAGAGCUGCAGUCAAAGCUCAGACAUUAUGUUAAUGUGACAUUUUCUCUGUUUGUGUCAUAAAUUAAUGUGACAAAGGUUCCGCUCAUGUUGUCGUCAUGCACACACGUGUGUGCUUUUCCACUCUGUCACGUUUGAAUUUAC